AACUGCUAGCUUUCGUUUCGCAUCAGCUGGAGCUUGUUGGAGGCUGUUUGACGUGUCCUGCGGCUGUUUUCGACCCUCUCUCCAGCCGCAAAGGAGCCGAAACCAGCAGUAUGGCCACAGCGCAGUCGGUGUUGCUGCUAGCGGUUCAUGUCCUGCUCAUCUCAGAGUUCAUCCUGGCCAAGAGGGACUACUACGACAUACUGGGGGUGCCCAGAGAUGCCUCUGAGCGCAUGAUCAAGAAAGCCUUCCACAAGCUGGCCCUCAAGUACCAUCCGGACCGAAACAAGGGCCCAGACGCCGAAGCCAAGUUCAGGGAGAUAGCAGAGGCAUAUGAGACGUUAUCAGAUGAUAAGAGGAGGCGGGAGUAUGACCAGUUUGGCCAUGGCCCGUCACCAGGAGAGGGCCACGGAGGAAGUGGAGGCGGCUAUAAUUUCCACCAGCACUACCAGUCCUUCAACUUUGAUGACAUUUUCAAAGACUUUGACACUUUUGGACAGCAACACCAGCACCACUUUCACUCCCACGGUCAACAAACCCACCAAAAGAGACACUUUGACGGCCACUUCCAGGCCCACCGGGAGUCCAUGAACAGACAGAGGAGGCAGUUUCAGCAGGGAGGCUUCGGAGGAGGACUCUUUGACGACAUGUUUGAGGACUUGGAGAAGAUGUUCUCCUUUAACGCACACGGUUCCAGGACUGAUAGCAGAUUCCACGGCUCGGGGAAGCAGCACUGCAGGACAGUGACUCAGCGGAGGGGUAACAUGGUAACCACCUUUACUGACUGCUCCUGAGACAGAGAGGGCAGCCACUUAGGACACUGCUGGGUUUUGAGGUUGUGGUUUUGGAAUUUAAUGCUAAUUUAUCACUUGGUGGAAUAAGGAUUGGUUUGUGUGGCUUUUGUAGUUUUCUGUAUGUAAUUUCCUGCAGGAACAAAUAUCCAAGAUGGCCUGAUAAAAGGCUGCUUCCAAGCAAUAACUCACUCUUAUUAUUGCUUAUAGCACAGUCCAUAAUUUAGCUUUCAAGGUUCAUUAUGUUUACCCGUAAUGGUACAAUCUAUGAGACUCAGGUAUGGCCUAACAGUGACAGAUAAUUUCAAUCAAAAAAAUACUUAAUACUUUAUUUUUAGAGCAACAAGGCAAUAAAAAAAACAGUAAUUCUGCAGCUAUCCAGGCCAUACUAUUAUCAUGCUCUCUGCAGCGUUUCACUAAUGCAAAACCAGGCUCAUCAAGUGUACUCUGCACUUGUACAAUUAAUUGGUUUUCAUUCGUUAGUUAAAGAUUGGCAAAAAAUAUCUUUCCUUUUUUGAAUUUAUAGCACUUGGAGCUUUCCAUCCUGAGAUGUGUGCAAGAUGGCCAUUAUCAACUGUUACCUCGUUUUUAGUUUCUUCCUACAGAGUCGCAUCUACCUUCACUGGAUCAGUGCAGGAAAUCAACGUCAGUCCCAUGACAAAUGCUGGUAGCCACAUGCAGAAUUUGUGUAAUCUGUUAGCUGUUUUGUAAUCAGUUGCUUUGAUUGUUAAAAAAAAAAAAAAAAAAAAAAAACUGCGGUCAUCUACCAGUAAAGCUGAACGGGCUGAAAAGUUUCCUGAACUGAUCUUAAUGUGCAAUAUUAAGCACCUUUGCUCUUCAUGUUGCCUAUCUGUCAUAGACAGUGCUGUUUUGAUGACAUUGUCUUAUGUCUGCACUUUGUGUGUGUGUGAGUGUGUGUAAGUGUGUGUGCACACUGAGAGUGGCCUGAAUGUUGACUGGUUGCAUAAUGUUUUAAGACUGAAUAAAAAGUUUCAAUAGCAAA